AUGCAAGCCAGCAGCUCGACGCCCCGCGGAGUCUCGACGCCGUCGAGGCAGCUCGGCUCACCCGACGAUGCUGCGACCGCUUCGGGCAAGAAAGAGUUCCAACGUUCGUUCAAGGCCUGCGAUGGAUGCCGGACAAAGAAGGUCAAGUGCGACCUCGGAUCCCUCGACGCCCCCUCUGAGCCGCCGUGCUCGCGGUGCAAGCGCGAAAUGAGGCAGUGCCUCUUCACCAUGUCCACGCGCGGCCGUGGCAGCAAGACCCGCUCGACGCGCGCGCAGGCAUUCGGUGCUCACCACCUGGCCAAGGCUCCCACCACCCAGUCUCUGCUCGACGAUGACCUCGACAGCUCGACCGCAGCCAUCGACGCCCUGGCGGGGGCCGCGCUGGCGUCCCUACCCGACGCCAACCCCCGUCUUCACUCGACGCGCCACGAUGUGUCGGUGAGGGAGCUGGAUCCCAGCGACGCCCCCAGCAUCGGUAUGAUCUACGGCAUCCAGGGCGGUGCAACGAGGAGCAGCGCAAAGCGAUCAUCGAGCAGCCAGGACGCCCGCAAGAGGGUGCGGCACAGCGCGCAGCCCGGCCAGCUCCCCAGGCGCUCAUCGUCCAGCGCCGCUUACUUCUCCCGGAGCGAGAGCGAAGACUCGUCGGGCGAGCGAUCCGAUGCAGGCGGAGCUGCUACCGCACCACCGCAGGUCGGCACCGCCGUAGUCGACGAUGCGCAUGUCCGCGAGAAUGCGACCGAACCGGAUCCGCUGCAGCAGUACGCCUCGGUCGGUCUUCAGCACAGCAGGGAUGCCCUGCGAGUACUGGCAGGCGUCGCGGCGGAAACGCGCGACUCGACAGCGAGCCGCUCGACCUCGAUCGGCGAAAGCGUCGAGCAGAUCGGAGCAUCUGCAAUGCUCCAGGAUGUAGCGGCGUCCGCCUCUCCCGACAAAGAGGCAGCCUCGCCGCGCCAUGGCCACCCAUCUCCAGCCCUAUCGGCCUCGUCGAAGCCACCGCCGUCAAAACGAGCCAGAGAUGCUGGCGGCCCAGCGCUGGGUCGGCCCAAUACACCGCCGCCGCUCAAGCACCGGUAUGGCUGGAGCAAGUUUGAGCCCAUCAGGCUCAAGCUCAUCAAGCGUUCCGAGGCCAAGCACUUUCUCAACUUCUUCCUGCGCCGGAUGCAUUCGUUUGCGCCUCACUGCUCGCCGCACCUCCUCGACAAGUCGACCGAUGCCCUCUCGGAGCUCGUCAGCCGCGAGCCGAUCCUGCUUGGCGCCAUGCUCUCGGUCGCAUCGCGCUACGAUGUCGCCAACCACAACGCCCACCUCAUCCACCCGGACACGUUUCAUCGCAAGAUCUCCAAGUGGACGCAAGAGAAGAUCAGCCGGUCCUUCUUCCUGCCGGGCUCCCACACGAUUGGUACGAUUGAGGCGCUCCUGAUCCUCAGCGAGUGGGCCACCCUCGACCUGCAUGACCGACGGACUUCUGAAGAGGCCAGCUCGGAAUCCGAAGACGACCCCGAUGGCGACGACGACGACUUCGCCGAUCCAGAGAUGGCGAUGGGGGAGGCCGCGCUCGCUGCAGACGGCGCCUCUCCCGCCGCCAUGCCGACGCCCGGGCCAGCUGCGUCGGCCACAGCCCCACCGAACAGCUCCAACAACUGGCUCCGCCGCCUGUCGUCGAAAUCGCUGCAGCGACCCGCGAGGCUGGACCUGCGCGAGUCGGAAAAGUUCGACGAUACCGCGUGGAUGCUGACGGGCACCGCGCUGCGGCUGGCCGAGCGGCUGGACUUGCAGAACGUGUCAACCUACAGCGGCAUUUCGAGCGCCGAGUCGGCCUCGCGCCUCAACGCCGAGCGCAGGAUGCGGGUGUGGAUGUCGAGCGUGCACGCCGACUGUCACCUGUCCGUCCGGCUGGGUCGGAGGAUCUCGAGCCCGGGUCUGAUGGCACCGUUCAUGAACCUGGUUCGUGAUCGGACGCACCCCUUCCUGAUCCGAUCCGAUGCUAGCAGCAGCAUCGGUCUCAGCGACACAUCGCUCGCCACCGGCACACCUCGCGCUUGGAUCGCAUUCCGCGCACACGCCGAGCUGCUGCAGAUCGUCUUCCGCACAUGCGAGAACCUCUACCGCUCGAGGGCGGUGACUGAGCGGCUGCUCGAGGACGAAGACUUUGUGCCGGCGCUCAAGUCGAUCCGCGACGACCUCGACGAGUGGGCUAACUGGACCCAGCCGCGCAUCGAGCCCAUCCGCGACAUGACUUCGCUGCGCCUACGGGUCGAGUACCACUAUGCGAGGCUGUACGCCAACGGCGUCUCGCUCGACUCGCUCAAGCGCGGUCUCGGCACCUUUAGACCCAACAACCGCGUCCAAUACCACUCCGGGGCGACGCGGCGCGAUGGAACGGCGAGCGGCGGCGGUUCACUCGGCCUCAUGGAGAUCGGCCUGUCGACCCACCCGGCGUACCCUUUCGUGCGCGAGGCACUGGCGGCGGCACAGUCGCUGAUCCGCAUCCUGACCGUCGAGCUCGACAGCAUGAUGUGCGCGCCGGCACGCUGGUUCCUGCUGCUGGUGAUGGCGGCCGUCUUCUGCGUCAAGGCGACGGCGGUCUCGGACACGAUCCUGCCGCUUAACCGGUGCGCCCAGAGCCUGCAGCAGGUCAUCACGGCAUUGACCAAGGCCGCGCCAGACGGUGUCCACCUGGCCAACCGAUACUCUAUGUAUCUUCGGAGGCUAGCCAAGCAGCUCAUCCUGACGGACGCCAAGGCGCGUCGCAAGACCAGCGCCGCCGCCGCUCGCUCUCGACAUCAAGACGGCCCGCCUCCUCCGAAGGGCACGCGCAUCGAGAUGGGCCUCGAGGAGGGUCAGUGCUUCAAUUACAAGGUGUUCAACGGGGAGCACUGGAACCACCACAUCGGGGUCAAGGGUGGCGCCGAGGCGGCCAUGCACAUGUGCGGCCCAGGCAGGGACUGUGCCACCGACGUCUACCAAAACGAGCGGGCCCAGACCUCGGCGACAGUGGCAAGCUCGCGAGCUCGGACGCUGGGUGCACACGCCUCUCCCGCGUCGGAAUCGACGCCUCCCGCCUCGCAUCCGGGGCACAGCUCGACCAACGCCGGGUCGGGCCCCAGACACUCGGCCGUCGCAGGCGCUGCUAGUUCUCCGGCAGGACAGAGUCAGUCCGGCGCAGGCGGGGGCUUUGGAGGCGGCGGGACAUGGUGGAGCACCGGCGACGUUCUGGGCGGCGAGAUGGACCCGGACUCGUUUCUGCGUUGGCUCGACGAGCAGACGAUGGCGUCUACGGCCAGCGCCGGUAGCAGCACCGCUGCCGCCGUCCAGGCAGGUUGGCCCGCUUCCAGCUCGGCAGGUGUCGGGUCGACGACGGCCGCAGCGGCCUUCCCGCUGCACGCAUCGGCGACCUCGCCGUUUGCGCCGCACUCAUCGUCGUCGCUCCACAACCUCGCGCCCGCGAACGGCGGGGGCGCCACAUCGGGCAGCCUGCAGAGCGCAUUCGGAACCUCCGGCGGCUCGAUGAUGCCGUCGAGUGCGGGCGGGGGCGGCGCAUCCAACAUCGGCGGCGCUCCAACCGUGACCGCUGCGGCGCCCUCCCUGCCACUCCACAGCGGUCCGACGCCCGACGCCUACGCUUCCACGCCCGGCACCGAGCAGGACGACCUGCUGACGAGGAUGUGGCUCGACGACGCCCUCACGGACCUGGCCUCGUCGGGCCUCGACAUGCCUUUCCUCUGA